AGCGUAAUCUCAGCCAUUUUUUGAAGGAAACUAAUUAGCAGGAAUAAAGAGCCAAGUGUUUUUCCCCCCACAGUGAUCAGAACUCAUUCUACCUCUGGAGCUCGCACAAACCCCUCCGUCCCCCAUCUUCUGUUUACUACAGCCUAUAUGUAGCUUUAAUUACACUGUUGUUUGGUAACAACUUGGACCCCGCUGCUCUCUCUCCCUCUCCCCAUUUUUUUUUUCUCCUGCUCCGUAAAAACGCAGAGGAUCAUUCAUAAGGAAUGAGUGGGAUCUCUAUACGAUUGUUUUCUGGACUACUACACACUGAGCGUACGGAGCUUUGUACCAGAGCCGCUGCAGAAAUGUGGGGUCGUAAUGCGUGGCAGCUGUAGCCUCUGGUAUGGACAGCGGUGAGGGAGGAGGAGGGGAUGGAGGGGGAGGAGAGGAGAGAGAUGCUGACCUCAGUCCCCAGGCUUUAUCUCUUCCUCUCCUGACCCUGGCGGUCAUUCCUGAGCAGGGGUCAUCUACUCAUACCUCAGCCACGGCCCCUGCCAAAGAGCCCCUGACCCUGCCUCAGCAGGAGGAGGAGGGCGCAGAGGGGUUCCAGGCUAGAAAAGAGACCCAGGGAGAUGAGCAGAAAGAAGGAGGCCGUCACUCACAGGAGAAUAGAGCGUGUCAAAAACAGGGGUUGAAGGAAAACUUCGGGGAGGGAUAUUUGUCAGGGCAAAGGGAAGAGGAUGGGGAGGUGCACUUAGGUGUGGGAGAGGCGUCAGUUACAGGGGGCCUCCCAGAAGUCCUUAGCAGCGGAGGCCAAGAGGAGGAGAAGGAAGAGGAGGAGGCCAUCUCAAACCAAAGCCAAAACAAAUCCAAAUGUUCUUUAUUACCUCAACAGAGCCAGCACAGCUCUUCUUCCAGCACUGCAAAGGCCAGUGGCACACUCGACAGCAAAAUAGCCGCCUCUCCAAAGCCCUCCCCUAUCCUUUCCACCUCUCCAAAGCCCGCCCCUUUUCUUUCCACCUCUCCAAAGCACUUCACUUGUCCGUCCUCCUCUUCUGCCCUGCUGAGUGAGACUGAGGUAAAAGACAUUAAGGGAGAUCAGGGCUGGAUUUCUGGGUUUCCUCAGAGCUUUAAAUCCCAGCAGUCUACUCUGGCUUUUCCAGUGGCAGGUACUGAGCCUGAUAGUACACCUGCUGAGGAUGGUGGGCCGGCAGGGGUUCUUCACUCUUCCAUUUCCAAUGGAAAUGGUGCCAAAGCUCCAGAACCAAAUGACAGUCAUCAAGAAACAGAGGUGGAUGAUGAGAGAGACAAAGAAGAACAGAAAGACGGCGUCCUUAAAAACCUCAACCAAGACCUCUCUCCUAAUUCACUGACGAGUCACAUGACCAUAAUGCAUUCACGCAAUUCCUGCAAGACGCUGAAAUGCCCCAAGUGUAACUGGCACUACAAGUCUCAGCAUACAUUGCAAGUCCAUAUGAAGGAGAAACAUCCAGAAACAGGAGGCCACUGUGUAUGUGGUGCCUCUGGUGGGAAGUGUGUUUGUGGUGGUGCAGCACGAGGAGUGUGUGGGUACUGCAGUUCGGGGAAACCCCAUCCUCGUUUGGCUCGAGGUGAAACCUACGCCUGUGGCUACAAGCCCUACCGCUGUGAGGUGUGCGACUAUGCUACCUCAUCGAAAGGAAACCUCAGCAUACACAUGCAGUCGGAUAAACACCUUAAUAAUGUACAAAAUGGGGGACACUCAAAUGGUCACAUGCACACCUCUCACAUUAACAAUAGCAGCUCCUCCAGUGGUCACACAGUGGAUGAGCAGCCCUACAAGCUACCACUUGCUAUUCCCCCGCCUACUACACAGCCUGCCAAGCUCACACCACCAGCACACUCACACUCUCAUGGUAAGCGCUGGCGGUGUGAUGUGUGUGACUAUGAGACCAGCAUUGCCCGCAACCUGCGCAUACACACCACCAGCGAGAAGCACACGCAUAACAUGCUCCGGCUCCAGAGAGGUUACUAUCUGUCUCAAUGCAGGAGCCUUGCCCCCCAGCUUAAACACCUACAAAACACAGGUGGUGAACUCUCCUUAAGCAUGCGACUGACCAGUCAACAAGUCCCAGACCAGCCAGUUACGCUUGGGUCUACCCUGACUCCUUCUCCAUCCCCAUCUCCUUCUCCCCCUCCAGCCCCAUCUCUGUCCCCCACUGGACCACUCUCUCUCUGUGUGUUCCAAUGUCUCAUCUGCUCCAGCUUUUCAUCUGACAGCUUAGAGUCUGUGGAGCAGCAUUUGAAUACACCUCGCUCCCUGCCCCAGUCUGAGUGGUGUUCCCUUGUUGCUGGAGGCUGCCACUGCAGGCUGUGCGGCUACACCACCCCACUGAGGGCCAAUUUCUCUUUGCACUGCCAGACCGAUAGACACCGCACCAGGUACCAGCUUGCUGCUCACCUCCAGGAGGGUGGAGACAGAGGUCAGGAGGGGGCUGCCCUUAUUGCUAAGGGAAACCCUGUCCAGCUGCGGUGCAACCUGUGUGACUACGUGACCAGCAGUUUUGAGAAGCUACGAGGACACUCCCUCAGUUCACACCAUGAGGCCGGCAUCCGGGUCUACAGAUUCCUGCAGCAGUAUGAUGGUGAGGUUGAUGGAGGCUCGUGGCUGUUCCAUUGUCUCCUAUGCAACCACUCCUCCUCUUCUAAACUUCAAGUACUAAAACACAGUCAAACCCCAACCCAUCAGCAGAGGGAAGGGCUAUUACAGCUGCAGCCAAUGGGUGGAGAGGAGCUAGCAGCCAUUUUUACCAUCAGGAAAAACACUGAUGGCGUCACAGGAGAGCUCAGUGAGGACAUGGAAACUUCCAGUGAGACUAAAACUGGUCCUUUGGACCAAACCAAAGACACACACAAUGUGGGGGCAAAGCAGUUUUCUGAGGACACAGAAGAUACUAGAGGGGAAGAAAAAGAAAAACGGGAGUCAUUGCCCUCAGUGAAACGUCCAUCCUCUGGAGGCGGAGAAACGGAAAACAGUAUCUCAACUAAACGCCCCAAAAUACACCAGCAAAAUGAGAACCAGCAGACUGUCCAGUGCCCUUUGUGCCAGGUUAAACUCCCUUACACACACCUUAAGCAGCAUCUCACACAUGUGCACAGUGUGGCGCAGGACUGUGUCGACAAGCUCAUCAGCACGGUCACACCACCAAUGGAACAACCACAGCCACACUUGGAGAUGGAACUAUUGGCAGUCUCGUGCACAGAGGAUAUACAGAAAAAUAAAAACAAUGCAGAUAGUUCCCAAACUGCUGAUUCCAUUGCCUCCGCUGAUUCACAGAAAAAUAAAGGCAUCUCAGUAGAAAAUACUGAGAGAGAUGUAGCCGCACCCAAAGAUGUCACAGCUCUACUCACCCCACCCUUAGAUGAGAACACCACUCACCCUUCCAAUGGAAAACUGGCUCCUCAGUCCCCAACUCAGAUACCCCCCUCUUCUCCGCCCACGUCUCCAUCCAGUGACCCCCCUCCUCUUACUGAUCGCCAUGGUUACCGGUUCCGUUGCAGCAGGUGCAGCCUAGCGUUUCCCACUCAGGAAAAGCUCCAGCUGCACUGGCAGUAUCAUGCCAUGAGGGCGGCGACAGAGUGUCCCCUCUGUUCCAGACAAUGCCGCAGUCAGGAAGCCCUGCAGAGACACAUGCAGAACACACACUCACAGCUGGACAACACACAGGGACAGAAUACACAUUUACUGCCCCACACUGCGCAAUACAUGGAGCAUAAUAAGAGUUCAGUUCAACAAGAUUUUAGUUUAUCACCUCAAGUUGGCCAAGAAGCAGGAGAGGGUGAGGAUGAAGACAUAGAAGAAGAGGAAGCACUAGGCACUGAUCGAAAAGACACACAAAAAAUUGAAGUUAAAAUGAAAGAAAAAGACACAGUUGGUGAACUUGAUGAUGAUGAGGAAGAUUUAACUGAGCCAGAAAAAGGACAACAUGAGGAGAUCAUAUCAGAACCCAGUUCCAGCUCUCUUAACAAGAAGAACUCUAAUCCCACCCUGGACCGCUACCUGGAUCCAUCUAGGCCCUAUAAAUGCACAAUAUGUUCUGAAUCCUUCACUCAGAAAACCAUUCUACUGGUGCACUUUAACUCUGUCUCCCAUCUCCACAGAGCCAGACGAGCUCUGCAAGAUUCUGGCACAGGCGUCACUGCCCCUGAGGCUACCCGUGGCCCAGAUGCUAGGCCCUACCGCUGCCGGUUGUGUGGGGUUGGAUACAGCCAGAGCUCCACUCUGGACAUACAUCUUCGCUCAGUUCUUCACCAGACCAGAGCUCGUGCUGCACAGAAUCCAGCUUCACAGACCCCAACUUCUAGUGUAACCACUCCAGUGACCCUCCCAACUACUACUACUCAACCUGCUACAACUAGAGAAGAAACAUCCAAGAGUUUACCGUUCCCCAAGAGGCCAGAUGUAGCGAUCUCUUCAACCUCUUCAUUACUAGCACCUGGCUUAGUAACAGAGUCCCAGACAGCCCUUACUAACACAGUGGAUAGCCAGCAGGCUAAAAAGAGAGUGGCAGAGUUGCUGGCAUCAAGGAACCAACUAAUGCUCAUACAGCAGCAGCAGUUAGCUCAGGCUCAAGCACAGGCUCAAGCUCAAUUACAACAACACACAGCCCUUUUACAGUCCCAAGUGAUGCAGCAUCUUCCCUUAGGAUCUGAUAAUCUCCUUAAACAUCACUUCCCUUUGGCAGCAGAUAACUUGCUGUCUCUUCAGCAGCAGCUUCUUCUGCCCUUUUACUUGGCUGGAGACAUGAAGCUUAACCCAGAGUUAGCAGUUCAGAACCUAGAACUUAGUCAGUUUGAGUUUGUCACCUCCACACCAAAAUUACAUGUUAAGACAGAGGCUAAAAGGGAGUCAUCUCCUCAAAAAGAUGAAAAACAAAUCCAGAGACAAAGUUCAAACUCAGCUGUAAGGCAACACAAAGAUCAUGUGCAGUGUGAAACCAAGGUUGAAGCAGGCAGCAGUGGGCCCAUCGCCAAUGAGACAAGAAAAGAACACAGUAUUUCUAAUUUUGAGGAAGAACAGGGAGAAAUACCAGUUUCUACAGUAAACAAUGAAAUUCAAAAGGAGGAAACACAUGCCUCACCUCUUAGUCUUCUUGGACUGCAGUGUCCUCCUCCCAGAGUCCCUUAUGCUGCUGUGAAUGGCGAGCCUCUUAGAGCCCUGUUGCAGAGUUAUGGGUAUGAAUUGGCACUGCAAUAUAUACAAAGUAGACACAGACACCAGCAGCAGAUAGUGACUCAAAUUAUAGAAGAUAAACAAGAGAGCACUGAUAAAAAGUUGGAUGUGUGUUCAGAGGAGAAAAGAGAUAACUUUAGUGAGAAACAAAAUGGAGAGACAGAAGACAGUAAGGAAGAGAGGGGUGAGGAAGAUAAUGAAGGAGCAGAAGGCUUUCCUUUUGAGGAAAAUCAAAACAAAUAUGAAUUAAUACACAAAGAAAAACAAUGCUGUAAAAAAGGAGAAAAGUGUCGAGACUGUGGCAAAUUUUUUUCAGAUGCAUUGAUUUUGAAAAGCCACCAAGAGUACAUUCACAGAGUGCUUUUUCCCACUGCUGCUCUGGAGAGGUUUUCCAGAGAAUACAGACUGCAGUAUGACCAGAUGUACCCUCUCACACAGCCAAAGUCUGGAGAGAAUUCAACCACAUGCACCCAAGGCCCAUCACCAACAUCAGAUUCAGAACCAGAAACAGCUAAGGUUCCAGUAAAAACCUGUGCACCAUCACCUACACCCCCAGUUUCAGAUCCAACAAACAGACCGUGCACUUCAGCUACAGAUGUUAAACCAACUCCCCCUGCGCCUUCUCCUCCACCAUCGCCUAAACCUCAAGUAUUUGCACAGCAGGAGGUGCCUACUCCAAGCACAUCUGCUACAGCAACUUGUCAAAGCUCAUCUCCAGCUAAGGCCAUACCACUUCCGUUACCUAAAAUACCUAUGCUCCCUUUGACUUUGCCACAGCUUCCCAUACCUUCGCUGCCUUUAUCUAAGCUUUCUCUGCCCCCACUUCCUUUUCCCAUGGAGUUACCACUUCUUCCUCCAGUUGUGAUGCAGUCUGUGGCUCUCCAGCCCCAACCAUGGCUAGAUUCAAAUGUAAACCCUGAUCUUGCAAAACUCUAUCAGUCUCAACUCAACCCAGCACUAUUAGGGCAGCAGCCACAGCCUAGUGCUGCCUUGCUGGCCCAGCCACCCCAGCUUAGCCCAGGUUUACUUGGUCAGCCUCCACAGAUCACUCCUCCAUUACUUGGACAACCAUCACAACCCAGCCCUAUCCAAACAGGACAGCAACCCCAAGUUAGCCCAACAAUACUUGAGCAACAACAGGGUAAGAGAACCCGAACCCGAAUUUCUGAGGAACAGCUUACUGUUCUGAGGAAACACUUUGAUAUUAACAGCCUUCCCAGUGAUGAAGAGAUCAACAAGAUGUCUGUUUUGUCUGGUCUGCCUCAUAAAGUCAUAAAACACUGGUUCCGUAACACCCUGUUUAAAGAGAGACAGCGAGACAAGGAUUCCCCUUACAAUUUUAAUAACCCCCCAGUUACAGCCUUAGAGGACUCCAGAGAGGAAGAAGCACAAAACCAGUCUAUGGCAGUCUCCCCAUCUUCACUGUCUCCAAGCCUUCCAGCACACAGUGUCUCACAGCUCCCAACAGCAGAGCUCCAAAGAGGAGCAGAGCUCCAUCGGGGCAGACGGUCUUCCCGAACCCGCUUCACAGAACAACAGUUGGAGACACUGCAGGGCGUGUUUGAGGCCACUCCCUACCCACGAGAGGAAGAAUAUGACAGGUUGUCUGCUCUUUUGUCUCUCCCUAACCGAGUGAUUGUUGUAUGGUUCCAAAAUGCUAGACAGAGGGCCCGCAAAAACCAGGAACGGGGUACAGAGGAUGGAUCAGAGGUUAAGAACCAGGCUGAUAAUAUUCACAGUCAGAGAAAUAGCUUCCAUAAGAAUGAUGAGGAUAAUGAGAAUAACAGAUGUGUGGAUGAAGGGCAAGAUGAUUCUCAGAAUGAAAACUCUAUGGAUCUGACUUAUGAAUACUACACUCACCCUGACUCACCUGCCCUUGAUUCUACUCAUUGCACAGAAAGUGGGCAUGUAACAGCUAAAAGUGAACUGACAUCUGUUACUAAGAAACAAGGAGAAAAAGUAACUUCUGCUCAAGAAAACAAGAGUGCAAAUCUUGUUCAAAAUGGAAUGUCAGAUGCAGACACUGAGCAUAAAGAACCUGUUGAGGCCCAACCAACUGUGUCCUCUCCACAGCCUGAACCCUCACAGCAGCCAGAAAAGACUCCAGAAAGACCACAGCCUUGCCCUACUUCCAUUUCACAAAAGACAGUAGCAACCAAUCCACCCAUGUCUCAUCCUAGCCAGCGGAGUAGGCACACCCCUCCACCAGCUGUAGACAAAGCUGAUACAUCACCCAGCCUCCCCUCUGAGUCUGAGACAAGCCAGACUCGUAUACCUGAUGUCACCUCUGUUUUAUCCACUGAAACGCAACCACAAAACCAAUUACAACCCCAAACCCAGGCUCAGUUCCAGUGCACUCUUUGCCCAGUCUCUUUGCCGUCAUUCCAGCUGUGGCAGGAGCAUCAGACCAGGCACCUUCUGGCAGCUCAGUCCCAGGUCCAGCUCCUCCACUCUGGAUUUACAGAUCGAACUAUGCCUUACAUGAUGCUCCAUCCCAACCACACCCUCAUGGCCAGCCAAAUGCUUUCAGGUGCCAUGACCCCGAUGCACCCUAAUCCCACACACCCAAUGAUUUCUCACUUAAACAGCAUGCAACUAAAGAAUGCACUGUCUGAUCAUUCAAGUAAUACACUCACAAGCCUUUCUCAAAAUUCCCUGGCAUCCAUGAAGCAGAGUUCAAAGCUCAUGUCAGAGACUAAUUUUGAAGCCCAAAGGGGUUGUAAAGAAGCAGAGGAGGAACACAGAAGAGAUAAGCGUCAGAGAACCACCAUUACACCAGAGCAGCUCGAGGUGUUGUAUCAGCGCUACAGCUUGGAUUCAAACCCCACUAGAGGAGUAUUGGAAAGCAUUGCUCGAGAUGUGGGCCUAACAAGACGUGUGGUUCAGGUCUGGUUUCAGAAUACUCGAGCCAGAGAAAGAAAAGGACAGUUUCGGUCAAUGGGGCCAGGAUCAACUUUCAACUUGGGCUUGAACCACUUGCGCUGCCCAUUCUGUAGGGCUCUCUUCAAGGUAAAGAGUGCUCUGGAUGCCCAUAUGAGAUCACGCCACUGGGCAGAGGCUGAAAGAGCAGGCUUUAACUUGUCGAUGAGUAAUGGAUCCAAUGGGCAGACAGCUACUUCAGCUAUCAUGGACAGACCUGGUCCCUCAAUCUCCACCAACCUUAUCCCAAACCCUGGUUAUGUCUUCAGCAACAAAGAGGCACAAAUGAAGCCACCUGUGACUCCUUUGUCCAUAACCACUGAUCUCAACAACCCAGAGGAGGAAGACGACUAUGAAGAGGAAGAUGAGGAGUACCCAUGUGAGGAGGGCUCUAGUAUGGCUGACCAAGGCUCCCCUAGUCCUGAAGGAUCUGGGGGCCCAAGCUCAGAUUGGGGUGAGGCGCAAACCCUGCAGCAGCAGCACCACCAUCAGCAACAGCGCCAAAGGACACAAAUGAGCCACUUCCAGGUACUCCAGCUCAGAGACUUCUACAGGACCCAUCGUACACCCAAUCGACAGGAGUGUGAAGCACUGGGCCAGGAGUUGGGACUGCCUCACCGUGUUGUGCAGGUGUGGUUUCAGAAUGCCCGUGCAAAGGAGAAGAGGGCCAGAAGCCUGAGCUCCGACUCUGUAGAGAGAGAGCAGGCUGAGCUGAGUGCAGGGGCUGGGGAGAGAGACCGAGCUUAAAGAGGCAGACUGGGGUCCCUUUUCUGACUUCUACUGUGUUCUCCUUUAAACCUUCCUGCACUUGAUGUCCACCUUUUAACAUACACUGUCCACUUUGCUGCCAACCUGAACACCCCAAAGAUGCAGAGCCAUAGAGGCCCAAAGAGAAACUCUCUUACCUGAAAAAAGGAGAGAGCCCAAACCAAGUCUUCUCUACCAUAACCUUCCACUUUUCAUAUUGUACUUUAAACUCAUUCCUGGCCUGUCCUUUCUUGUUGAAAAUAGCUUCUCUCCUCUCCUGUCUCUUCCGUCAGACACCUUACUACAACCAAACACCACCUUGAUUUAAAGAAAAAAAAAACAAAAAAAACAACCAGAUGCCACAGAGGCCAAAGAGCAUUCUCCAAGUAUGUGACCUCACUGCCCAGCUAGACCUGCAGUCUACCUCUCAGUCUGCAUGACAGACUCACAGUGGGCCCUCCACCAGACAGUGCUAGAUGACUAGUUGUGUAGCAUGUAGUGCCAGUCUACGCGAGGCUGGUCAAGAAAUUGUCAAAGAGAUUUUAGUGUAAAUAGAGAGCUCCAAAAGAUAAACUUGAAGAAAAACAAAGCAGUUAACAGUGGAAGAAGAAAAAGAAGAGAAAAAAAAUAAUAUCCUAGAUGGAGGUAUUUGCAUAGAGCUUUUGUAAAGACUGACUCAGAUUCCAAAGCUCGUAACCAAAAUUUUACAUGUCUGUGGAUUUAGUUUCAACAUGUUUGUUUUCAAUAACAAACUGCAGAGCUGACGUCUGUAAAGUGAAACGGUGAGACCUGCAGCUGGCAUAGUUAAGCUGAGUAAAAAAGACUGAUACGGUGCUUGACUGCAGCUUCACCCUCCACAAGCCAAUGAUGAGUCUUCUGUUGUACAUGUACACCUUCUAUGUUCCUUUAGUGGAUAACAGCCCAAAUAGCACAGAACGUAAAGGCCAGUUUGUCUUCAGAGGGGCAAACUAUUUUUUUAUAGCACUCAACCAUUAUACUGUAUAUGAAAACUUUAACCAAACUCAAAUUUACAUUGUGUGUGUUUAGUAAUAGUUUCGUAAUAUAAAUCUUAUGGAUUGAGAAAAACUGUCUUGCUUCGAUAUAAUAGUGUCAUGAUUAUGAAAAGAUUAUGACAGCUUUGAUAUGUUCAGGAGAGGUGACUUAACUGCCUUUCCGUUCUAUUUGAAUAUACCAAUGGCUUACCAAUGUUAUGUGAUUAAUGUAAAGCUUUCUAUGCUCAGGUCAACAGCUCAACAUGGCUCCAUUUCAAAUGUGAUCUUAAUACUGAACCUCUGUUUUUAAAACAGAAAGAGGUGUGGUUUAACCUUGGACUAAGUAUUAAAAAUAUCUACAAAAAACACUCUGUAUUUCAAAGAUCUGAGCUUUUCACUCUGAGUAAUAGAUUGUUACAUACACCUUAUUAAAACUAAAGUGUUUAAUAGUGUGAGGGGUAAAUGUACAGUAUUUAGCUUUUGUAUGGUUGACUCAAGACUUAAUUGGAUGUUUGAGACAUGGCUCCCUUUUCCACUUACAGAUGGGGAGCUACUGCGCAAAGCUGAGAAAAACUUUGGAUGUUAUUGAUGUUAUUUUUGUACACUUAAUUUAUUGUCCCCCUUUCUCCUUCCCUACCUACUUUCUUGUUUUUCUCUUUACCUUUUCUCUUGUGUUCAUUUGCAACCAGUCCUUAUUCUAACUGUAAUAAUAAUAUAACAAUAAUAGCUAAACAAUAAUUAAUGCUUUAAGACAAAAAUCCAAAGACAUGAUAAUACUUUAACCAUAUGACCUACAAAAAUAAGCGCUACUGUUUACUUGACGAUGUAUUGCUGUUUUUAAAGAAGGAAGGAGUCCCUAUAUCUAAGCUACUGUUUUCUGCCUCUCAUAAGCACACUGGAGACUGUAACCAAAACCCCAAACUAGAGCCAUGGCAGUCUGUAAUAUAGCGGUUAAAGAGUUUUACUUCUCUUGAGAAAUGUUGAAGUUUAUUUUUCUUUUUUUUUUUUUUACCAUAGUGUUGAACUUCAGCCCUUAAGGAUGUCCAGUUUGCUGCUAAUGUACUGUAGUUUCUAACGAUACUGUAGAAAGAUGCAUGCUCUGAUCGCUUUACCACUAGGCUUUAAUGACUACAAACUGUAAUGAUACCUGUGAUGCUGUUGAUAAACUGCUCCUCUGUUAUUCUAUUGAAAACAAAUGGAUAUGUGGGGCUCAAUUCCAACAAGUUUGUUUGUCAGUAUCUUAUUAAUUAACCUUAUUCCCAGAAAAUUAAAAUGUCUUUCAUAUUACAAGAAAUAUUUUUUCAUCUAAGAUAGAAGCUUCCAGUUUUCAGAGAAACCCGCUUGGGGCAUUAACUUCUCAGUGCAUAUGGAGAUACUGCAUAGCUUUCUGAAGGAGUUCAGCCCCAAACCUUCCACUGCUAUGGUGUCAGUCCCUCUGUGUUGCAAUGUCUAGUCCAUUUGUCCAUCUGAAACAGCUUGCUGAUCUCAGACUGACAUCACAGCCAACUUUCCAAAGGAUGUGGACUGACUAACUUUGUCAUGUUUUGUUCUUUAACUUACCAAUGUUUACGACAAUACCAAUGAGCUUUCUUCUGUACAGAAAUGUGCAUUCCAAAUACCACAAAAGCAGUUUUUUGUAUACUGAUUAUUUUAAAUUUCAUUUCUCUUAUAUUCUCUUGAUCUUAGUGACUGUAAGAUGUACAUAUUGGGGUCCUCUAUGGUGAAGGGACUCUGUUAUCCUUACUGUAGGUAAAACUAUUCUUUUUCAUUUUUUUCUGGAUAUGUUGUUGCCAUAGUGAUGACCAAAAAGAUACCUGUGAUGUGCACCUGUCCUUAUGUCCUGCUCCAGUGGUUUAGUGUGUCUCUAUACUCUCCCUUCCCCAAUUCUCCCCUACUGGUGUGUGUUCUCUUCCUUUCCCUUCCCAAACUCCACUGAGCUAAAUAAAGUCUGCUUUGGUGCA